ACAACAACAAUAAAAUGUACGGUAAUAAAUUCCCAAGUACCACAUGUGUAAGUAGAUACUAGAUACGUAUCUUGUUUUAUCUACAAUUCUACACCUAUUACUAUAGGUAGGUAGGUAUGUCGAAAAUUGGAAUUGAAAUUUAUUAUACACCUUGUAGUGGUUUAAAAUUGCAGGUAGUCUGGGUAUUUUAUAUUCAUCAAAGAGAUGCAUUCUAUCACGCGAUUGUCACUUCGUUUAAAAUUUUAAGGUUACGUACUUCUAAGAUCAUCGCUAUGAUGAAACUGGUUUUUUUCUGGAAGGAUGAAAGUGCUUUCUGAUCUAUAAACAAAUACUCAGAAAAUAAAGUUUCACUUUCGUUGGUCUUCGAUUCGUGAUUACACGCGUAAUAUUAAAGGUGUUGACAAAUUAAUACGAGUAAAUAUUGUAGGUACAAGAGUGUAAGUGGAAUAGUGUACGGUUUUUUAUUUUCGUUGUUUAUGGUUGUUUUUAUUCUUCGUUAACCGCCCAUAGGUACAAUGUCAGCAUGGAAACCUACAGUCGUUGCAAUAAUGUUUAUUGUAUUAGGAGGUCUCGUAAAAGCAGGCAUGCACUUUAUAAGGUUAGCUUUAUUGGCCAUUCUCGGAUUACUCGGCAUGUACUUAUUACAUAAGCUGGCUCAAGACUGGAAUAAAAUCAGACCCGGUGGUGGCGGCGGCGGCGGAAAUAGACCGAGAAUUACUUCCUUGUUGGGUAUGGCCACCAGAUUAUUUCGUUCUAAACGAUCCGUGGAUCCGCACACUCUCAUGGAUACGACGAAUAAUUUCGAAGAUACUAUUUCCUCCAAAUUCUCAAAUAUUUUGUAUUUUGAUCCGAUGGGAUGUGCACGUAAAUUCAUCUGUUAUUCAUCUUGUAAACCUGCAUCUAAUUUAACCCAAAGUGAAAAUAAUUUACUACAAAUGUUCAAAACGGAUCCCAGUGAAAGUCCUAAAGAUCAUAAAGCAUUUAAAGUUUUCCACGAUGCUGCACAACUGGGAAAAAUCACCAAAAAUGUAACACUUUGCGAAAAAGCAUACAGAUUUUGUUAUUUAACGAACAAACAAUUACAUACUAUUUACGCAUUUUUAUAAAUUCCAAGUGUCUAGGUGUUUUAUUUUGUAAUUAUCUGCAUUGUUAAGUAUAUUAUUGUAUUUACAGUUACCACGAGAGCAUUUAAUUGGAUGCUUUAAUUAAUAAUUACCACCACAAGUUACCAAAAAAAAAAAAAAAAAAAAAAUGGACAGGCUUAUGUGUGAAAUAAGUUACAGCCAAACUAGGUGUACCUACUUGAACUUAAUUAUGUUGAUAAUUUUGUGUGAUUGAGUGCGUAGAAUUUGAAAAUGUAUUCUAUAUUGUAAUUAAUUUAAUUGAAGGAGUAAGUAUUAAGUAGUUUUUAAAAAAUGUGUUGCUAAUAGAUUGAAUUGAUUGCCCAUCUAUCAUAAAUUUGGAAUCAAUUAAAUUAAAAUGAUUCUUUAUUUUGUGGAAAACCUAUUUUAUACAUUAAGACUGCUCAAUGCUCAACGAUACUUUGUAUAGGUAUAUUUAUAAUCAAAAAAUUAUAAAUUAAGAAACGGAGGCUGUUCUAAAAUAAUUUGUUUUAAAUUUAAAUUAGUG